GCUCAUUGGUACCCGGACAGCCAUUUCACAGGCUGGCGUGCCCUGUAAGCGUCCCGGUAAAGCACCACCAGCCACGGAGAGCCUGUCAACUCCUCUGAGCAGAAGGGCCCUCCCCGCCCCCUCUCCCCGCGCAGCUUGCUCUGCCCUCCGCCUCCUCCUCUCCGCCCACUCUCGCAGCGGUCUCCGGUGGCGGCGGCUUUGUCCAGUGGGCUGGUCCCCAGCGGGCUUCCUCCCCCGAACAGCUGCUGCGCGAGGGAGGCAGCGGCGCGGGAGCUGUCCAGCACCCCGGUGCUGAAAGCCCCGAGGGCUCGCUUUCCGCCGCUACGAUGUAAGGGCCAUGAAAAGGGCUCGUCCUGGCGCAGCGCGGACAUGGAGGAGGACUUAUUCCAGCUAAGGCAGCUGCCGGUGGUGAAAUUCCGUCGCACAGGCGAGAGUGCAAGAUCAGAGGACGACACGGCUUCAGGAGAGCAUGAGGUCCAGAUUGAAGGCGUCCGCACGGGCCUAGAGGCCGUUGAACUGGACGAUGGGGCAGCCGUGCCCAAGGAAUUUGCCAAUCCCACUGACGAUACUUUCAUGGUGGAAGAUGCGGUGGAAGCCAUUGGGUUUGGAAAAUUUCAGUGGAAGCUGUCUGUUCUCACUGGCUUGGCUUGGAUGGCCGAUGCCAUGGAGAUGAUGAUCCUGAGCAUCCUGGCGCCGCAGCUGCACUGCGAGUGGUGGCUCCCCAGCUGGCAGGUGGCAUUGCUGACCUCGGUGGUCUUCAUCGGCAUGAUGUCCAGCUCCACGCUCUGGGGAAACAUUUCAGACCAGUACGGCAGGAAAACAGGGCUGAAGAUCAGCGUGUUCUGGACUCUGUACUACGGCAUCCUCAGCGCUUUUGCGCCUGUGUACAGCUGGAUCCUGGUCCUCCGGGGCCUGGUGGGCUUUGGGAUUGGAGGAGUCCCCCAGUCGGUGACGCUGUAUGCCGAGUUCCUUCCCAUGAAAGCCCGAGCUAAAUGUAUUUUGCUGAUUGAGGUGUUCUGGGCCAUCGGGACGGUGUUUGAGGUCCUCCUGGCGGUGUUCGUGAUGCCCAGCCUGGGCUGGCGCUGGCUGCUCAUCCUCUCAGCUGUCCCACUCCUCCUCUUUGCUGUGCUGUGUUUCUGGCUGCCAGAGAGUGCGAGGUACGAUGUGCUGUCUGGGAACCAGGAAAAGGCCAUCGCCACCUUAAAGAGAAUCGCGACGGAAAACGGAGCCCCCAUGCCGCUGGGGAAACUCAUCAUUUCCCGACAGGAAGACCGAGGCAAAAUGAGGGACCUUUUCACGCCCCACUUCAGAUGGACAACUCUGUUGCUGUGGUUUAUAUGGUUUUCCAACGCGUUUUCUUACUAUGGGUUAGUCCUGCUCACCACCGAACUCUUCCAGGCGGGAGACGUCUGCAGCAUCUCUAGCCGGAAGAAAGCAGUAGAGGCAAAAUGCAGCCUGGCCUGUGAGUACCUGAGUGAGGAGGAUUACAUGGACUUGCUGUGGACCACCCUCUCCGAAUUCCCAGGCGUCCUCGUGACUCUGUGGAUCAUUGACCGCCUGGGCCGCAAGAAGACCAUGGCUCUGUGUUUCGUUGUCUUCUCCUUCUGCAGCCUCCUGCUGUUUAUCUGUGUUGGAAGAAAUGUGCUCACUCUGUUACUCUUCAUCGCAAGAGCGUUUAUUUCUGGAGGCUUCCAAGCAGCCUAUGUUUACACACCUGAGGUCUACCCCACGGCGACUCGCGCGCUGGGCCUGGGCACCUGCAGCGGCAUGGCAAGAGUCGGCGCUCUCAUCACGCCGUUCAUUGCCCAGGUGAUGCUGGAAUCCUCCGUGUACCUGACGCUGGCGGUGUACAGCGGCUGCUGCCUCCUGGCUGCCCUGGCCUCCUGCUUUUUGCCCAUCGAGACCAAAGGCCGAGGACUGCAGGAGUCCAGCCACCGGGAGUGGGGCCAGGAGAUGGUUGGCCGAGGGGUGCACGGCGCAGGCGUCACCAGGUCCAACUCUGGCUCUCAGGAAUAGUGACCGAUGGGGGGCCGAACUGGUCUUUGAGGCUGCAGAGCUCGGGGGAGCUGGCGGAGCCCAGCUGGGGCGCCGGCCGUCACUGCCGACAUCACGAACUCACCCACGAGGACGACCUGCACCCACGGGGUUUUUGAGUCUUGACUCCGUGUGCCCAUAUUCACCGAGGUCCACCGGGGAAGGGGAGCUGUUGGCUCUGGGGGGUUCUCUGUACCUGUGGGGGAAGGUCCGUUAAUAACCUGAGGGUCUGCAUGGGAAAACCACCACUACCACGUUAGGAGGGCCCGGUGAUGCCAGCAGCCAACCAGAUGCCACCCAGAGUCGCCUGGUCCCACCCUUGGUGAGCAAGAGCCGAAAGUUCUCUGUGGAUACAGUCCAGGUCUGUGUGACACCUGCCAUGCACAGACCGGACCUGUUCAGUAGGUUUCUGCCACACCCCUGGCCCCGGCUGGGGGUGACCUAGGUGUGGCUGAGCAGCUUUUACUGGGGUCAAAAAAACACGCCCUUGGCAGGGCCCACCCCCCAUUUGCCUCCCCAGGGUUUGUUGAGUGGAGACUCUGACAGGUGCAUGUGCGUUUGAACUUGAGCCAUGUGCCCUUCCCUGGCCCCCUCUGGAGUUGCAGUGUCUGGCUCCAGGGGCCCCGGAUGUGUCCCUGGGGGCAGCUGAGCUUGUACCGGAUGACAGCCUCAGAGAGCUGUUGCCCCCAGGAAUGGGCGCCGAGGCCAAAGGGAGGCGAGGAUCAAGGCCAAAGCCAAAGCAGGGAGGCGGCGGAGGCCAUGCCAGGCUUCUGCUCCGGGCCCCUCCUUGGUCGGGCCGAACGGCGAUCCCUGGGGAAAGAAAACGGUUGACUCAGGUUUUAGGGAUUUGGGCUCUGUGCACGGGUAGAUGGCUGGCUGGGCGGAGAAACCAAAAGGACGCUGCACCAACCACCCCCUUCCCUCGGGAUCAGGGGACCAGGAAUCCCUGGCACAAAGCUGUCCUUCCGCCAGGGACUGUCUUGGUCUUUCCGCAAAGGCGCCCCUGGGGUGGCAGCGCCGGAGCCCCUGGCAGGGGAGCACUGGGUGGAGAGGGGUGACGGCGCCCAGGUGUGUGAAGCGUGUGAUUUCCAAAGGAAAAGGAGGGAGGCCGAUGCGGUUUGGGGCUGGCCUCAGGAGGGCGGGAGCUACGUCUCAGCAGACUGUACCCACUUCCGUUUACACGAGCCUUUUCCCCGUGGUGAAGGCAGGGGACCUGGACAAGGAGGGAGGAGGCUGGCAGAUGCCAUCAAAGGCCAGGGGAGGCGGACCCUCUGCUGGAAGUAAACAUGGCAAGGAAGCCAAAUGUGUGCGUUCAUCUCUUAUUAAAACAUGUCAGUGAUGGGCAUUGCAAGAGUC